AUGGUAGAACAUAAAAUAAAGCAAUUACCUACAUUUAGCGGAAAAGAUAAUGAAAAGAUUAUAGAGUGGCUAAAAAAUAUAGCACAAAUUGGAAAAAUCAUCAAUUGUCAUGAUGAACAGUUAUAUUUUAUAGCAAAACUAAAAUUAGAAGGUGAUGCUCAAAAAUGGUAUCAACAACACCAAGAUAAAAUAUCAGAUUGGAACGCGUUCCACAAAUUAUUAUCACAACGUUUUCCAUCAAUAUCACACAACGAACGAGAAACAUUACGGCAAUUAGUUUCUCCUAAACAAGGCUUAAAUGAAGCGCUGUCAAAAUAUUUUCGUGAUGUAUUGAAUUUAUGUGAUAAGUAUGAUCCUAAUAUGUUAGAUUCAUCAAGAAUUGGCUAUUUACAAGAAGGCUUAAGAUCAGAAUUACAACAUUAUGCAUUAGGUCAACAAAUGUCGACACCACAACAAUUCUUUAACACUAUGCAACAACAUGAGAACAUUCAAGUUCGAUUAUCUAACAUACAACUUGAUGAAUAUGGUACAACAGCUAUAAUACAACAGUCACGUAACCAUACAACAACACCAAGCGUUCAACAAUCAAAUUCAUUCCCAAUGCAUCGAACAACUUCCUCACAAUCAUUUAAUACAGAAACUACUCGUCGUUCAAAUCAACAACGACAACCAAGUAAGAAUAAUCGUCAACAAACUUGUUAUAGUUGUGGACAACCUGGCCAUUAUGCCCGAGAUUGUUCUCACCAUUUUCGUUAG